GCUACUACAGAGUGACCAUCACUUUUGUCAACCUUGUAUACAGCCCGUCACUGGCUGACAGAAACAGUGCCCAGUUUACACAGCUGUCUGCUCAACUCAAACGGGACAUAGAAUCCAUAUUCACUGCAGCUAGAGGGGAACAGACAGUCACUGUGUUAAGUUUUAGUGAGGGAUCAGUCGUAGUGACAUUUGACCUAGGAAGUGAUGGUCCAGCCACUGAAGAAGAGUUGAGAAGAAUUCUAGAAGAUGCCAUUCGCAGCGGAAGAAUCGGCAACAAUGCUGUCAGUCGUGAAGGAUUUUCUUUUAGGGCACUUGAUGAACCUGUGUCAUGCCCACCCACUGUUGGCCGGGCACCAGAUGCUCUGCCCCGAAACGGAACAAACUGGGCUAGCCUGCUGAUCAACAACGUGUUUCCUUGCAGUGGCAGAGUUACAGGCUGGGAGUACUACAGAGUGGUCGCCCAAGGUGAUGAGCUGCCACCAGCUCCUAUCGGAUACAGGAAUGUUGAUCUGGAACAGCCAAUCUCAGUACAACAGGGAGACUUUAUAGGCAUCUUCUAUCCUCGUUCAACCCAAAACAAUGUUAUAGCACAAGCCACUCUUGAAGACGAUGCUGUCUUAUCUCAUGAGCUCUACCAGACCUUUUACGUUCAAUUUUAUGAGGACUCUGUACGCGUAGGCGAACCUUUUGACAUCAGCAGGGUUAAUAGCUCAGCCACCAAUGCAACGUUUGCUAUCAGAGCUCUCAUGGACUACAAUGGGAUUGAAUAUGAUUUAGGAGUUCAUACAUGUGCUUCUAAUGAGUUUUCAUGUGGUGACACACACUGCAUUCAGGCAGAGUAUGUCUGUGAUGGUCAGGUUGACUGUAAUAAUGGCCGGGAUGAGCAAAACUGCCCCACAACAAUUGAAUCAGAAGAGCCUUGCCUUGAAGGUCGAUUCCGCUGCAGCGAUGGCACUUGCAUUAGUCGUAUCUUGAGGUGUGAUGGAAAAGCAGAUUGUCCUGAUGGUUCAGAUGAGCGAUGUGGUAAUGAUUUGCAUUUGAACAUUCCAGAACCCUGUCAGGUGGGUGAAUUCACUUGUAACAACAGGGAGUGUGUUGCAGACAGUCUUCGUUGCAAUGGGCAAAGUGACUGUCAGGAUGGAUCAGAUGAAGACAACUGCCCGACAGAGUGCAAAGAGGAUGACUUCCAGUGUGGGAGCGGAGAGUGUAUUCACAUUAGCAGUGUAUGUGACGCAUUCCCAGACUGUGAAGAUCGCUCAGAUGAAGAUCCAGACAGAUGUUGUAA